AUGGCGGAGGAAGGCGAGCGCUGCGACCCCGACCGCGACCCGGCUCCUGUGGCGGAGGCUGGAGAUGGGGCAGAGCCGGACAGCCAGGCCGGGGAAGACCCCGCGAAGAGCCCCGACGUGUACAGAUACAUUAAGGGAGACUUGUUCACCUCCGAGAUUUAUAAAGUAGAGAUACAGAACCUGCCCAAAUACAUCGGGUUUAACGAUGUGAAAAAGUUCCUUGCCAAGUACGGGCUCAACCCUCACAAGAUAAAACUCUUCGGGAAGCAGACGUUCGCCUUCGUGACGUUCAAGAGCGAGGAGGAGCGGGACAAGGCCAUGCGGGUGCUGCACGGCGCGCUCUGGAAGAGCCGCCACCUCAGCGUGCGCCUGGCCAAGCCCAAGGCAGACCCCAUCGCCAAGAAGAGGAAGCAGGAGGAGGAUUCGGAGCAGGGGGAGGCGAAGCGUCCGGCUCCCUGCGGGGAGGAGCCCCUGAGCAAGCGGAUCGCGGACGUGGUGACCCCGCUGUGGAACGUGCCCUACGAGGCGCAGCUGGCCCAGAAGAAGCAGGAGUGCGAACAAGUGCUGCAGAAGCUGACAAAGGAAAUAGGAAAUAAUAACCGAGCUUUAUUACCCUGGUUGUUCCUGCAGAAGCAGAAGUUUAAUAAAUUAUGUUGCCCAGUGGAGGGAGUGAAAGCAUCACCCUUGCAGACCGAAUAUCGCAACAAAUGUGAGUUCUUGAUUGGGAUUGGUGUAAAUCAAGAAGACAAAACUGUGGGUUGUCGUCUUGGCAAAUAUAAGGGUGGUACAUGUGCUGUAGUGGAGCCAUUUGAUACUAUUCACAUUCCUGCUAUUGCCAAAAAAGUAGUAAAAGCUUUCCAAGACUACAUAAGGUCGACUCCUUACUCGGUGUACAGCCCCGAAACCUACGAGGGGCACUGGAAGCAGCUCACGGUGCGCACCAGCCGCCACGGCCACAUCAUGGCCAUUGCUUACUUCAACCCUCAGAAAUUGAGUAAAGAAGAGCUAGCUGACCUGAAAAUCUCUCUGGCAAAAUACUUCACAGAAGGGAUGGGAAAGAGCAGUGGUGUUACUUCCCUGUACUUUGUGGAGGAGGGACAGAGGAAAUCUCCCAAUCUAGAAGAUUUGCCUUUGGAGCAUGUGGCUGGUGAUAAGUACAUAUAUGAAGAACUCCUUGGCCUAAAAUUUAGAAUUUCUCCUCAUGCAUUUUUUCAGGUGAACACCCAAGCUGCAGAAGUGUUGUACACUGCCAUUGAGGAGUGGGCACAACUGAGCCAGGAGAGCACCGUGCUGGACAUCUGCUGUGGGACAGGAACCAUUGGGAUUUCCUUAGCAAAGAGAGUGAAGAAGGUCAUUGGAAUUGAGCUCUGUCAGGAAGCUGUGCAGGACGCCAAAGCAAAUGCCCAGAUUAAUGAACUGAAUAAUAUUGAAUUUUACUGUGGGAAGGCAGAAGAUAUUGUUCCUUCCCUGAUGAAUGUUUUAGCUCCUCAGAACCUGAUCACGAUUGUAGAUCCACCACGGGCAGGGCUGCAUUCCAAGGUAAUUCUUGCCCUGAGAAGAGCUGAACAUCUAAAGAAGCUCAUCUAUGUCUCCUGCAAUCCCAGAGCUGCAAUGAAUAACUUUGUGGACCUGUGCCGGGCCCCUUCCAACAGGGUGAAAGGAGCCUCAUUCCGGCCCGUGCGAGCCAUGGCCGUGGAUCUGUUCCCUCAGACCAGGCACUGUGAGCUGCUCAUCUUCUUUGAGAGGGUGGAAUACGCCAAUGGCAGCUCUGCAGCAGCAGCACCUGCUGCCACUGAGACCCCAGCAGCAGCCUGUGGCACCAAGGGCAUGGAUGGCACCAACCCGGACAGCGAGGGGAGCCAGGCAGCUGCUGGCCAUGGGGACUGCAGUCCAAGAGAGGGCUCACCUUAACUCCUCAGAGACUUCAUAGAAACUACUUCUGAUUUUUAACUGCAUUGGUAACAUCACUUCUGUAACAUGCAGGUAAUAAAUCUCUGUACAACAGAGUAAUUGCAAGGCUUCCAACUUAUUUCAUCACCCUAAUUUGAAUUAAGUUUCGUUAUCAUCGAUUCCCAGAAGGGUUUGUGUUGAAAGGGACCUUAAUGAUUAUCUGAUAACCACCCCUUUGCCAUGAGCAGGGACACCUUCCACUCAGCCAGGCUGCUCAGAGCCCCAUCCAGCCUGGUCUUGAACACUUCCAGGG